GAUACUGAUAUUGUUGUUUUGAUACAAUAUAUACAUCGAAUCAAGAGAAGCAAAAUUUGAGAUCACAAAACAUCUGUGACCACUUCUUGAUUUUAUUUUUUGCUGAUUCCUUCCCUUAAACAUACCCCCAACCGCCAACCUUCUUCAAAAUCUUUUUCUUCAGAAAUUCCAAGUAUCUUUCUUUUCCUUUAAAUACCCACAAACCACAUUGCUUUUUCUUUACACUUUGAUUAUAUUCUUGAUUCUUGUUUUCUUUCUUGCAUCUUCUUUUAUUAUCAUCCUUAUUAUUGUCAAGUGAAAAGAAUGGAUUUUUAUGCAUCUUCUUCAACAGAGGAACCCCAUGUUCUAGCUGUGGAUGACAAUCUUGUUGAUCGUAAACUUGUCGAGAGAUUGCUCAAGAAAUCCUCUUGCAAAGUGACUACUGCAGAAAAUGGUCUGAGGGCCUUGGAGUACUUGGGUUUGGGAGCUGAACAGGAGCAUUCUACAAAUGGCAAUGGAUCAAAGGUUAAUAUGAUAAUAACAGAUUACUGCAUGCCAGGAAUGACUGGUUAUGAGCUGCUUAAGAAAAUCAAGGAAUCGUCGAUUUUGAAGGAUGUACCAGUUGUGAUUAUGUCAUCUGAGAACAUCCCAACUCGAAUUGAUCAAUGCUUGGAAGAAGGAGCUCAGAUGUUCAUGUUAAAGCCUCUGAAACACUCGGAUGUCAAGAGAUUACGAUGUCAACUAAUGCAAUGCCAAGGAUGAAGUGACUCUUAUUUACUAUCUUCUAAAUGAAUUGAAAAAGAAGCUGAGAAUUGUUUUGCAUAUGAGGGAUGAUUAGGAGAGUUCUCAGAUUGAUAUAAAGUUUAAUUGACAUACACAGAACUAAUCUGUUGGGAUUUGGUAUCAUUUCUAAGUUAGUUAAAGGCUUAUAGCAUCAAGGGAUGCAUAUUCCCUUUCUGUCCACCUUAAAUAACAGGGGCAAAAUGGACUUGUUUGAUAACUUAGUCUAACUUUUCUAAAUUCUUGAUUGUUGUUCAUCAGAAUUGUCAAUACUAAUGCCUACAAUCUUCUUCUUCUGAA